AUGCCUAGUUUAAACAAAGCUACAUAUCAUACACAUAGCAUAACCCCGCUGAUUCAUCAGUUUUUCCAAAAAACAGCUUUUCUAAUAUGCCAUUCAAAAACUGAGAGUUUCUUUUCAGAGGAUGAAAAAGAUUUCCUAAUUAUCAACAAUGAUAAUAAUAGAGCAACUGGUUUAUACCAAGAAGACUUGGAUUUGGAAGAAUCCCUAGCAGAAUGGUUACAAUCUGAAGAUCUCACAAACUUGCCACCAUUGGUAAUAGAGACAUAUCUAGACUUGAGGUUAUUAAACUCACACCAUACAGUAUACCUAAGGGAUAAGGAACAUAAUUCAUGGAACGUUUGCAAAGGUGGCAAAAAAAAUGAAGUUGUUUUAGAAAGAUGGCUUAUAGAAUUGGAUCGACAAACAGAUAAUACUUCAGUUGCCACCACCACCAUUCAAGAUGACCAGGAAGAACAGGAAUUCAUACAUAGAUUUGACGAUAAACUUGUUUUACUACUACGAUAUCUUUACACUUUAAUAACACUAUUACCAUCAAAUGAUCUAUAUUUAAGAUUGUUAAAAAAUUCCACUGGAAUUUUAACUGACCAUUUGUUAGAUGUGAAAACUAGAAUAUUAAAUGGGUCUAAGCCAAUUUUAUCUAAAGGAAGAGUGGGUUUAAGUAAAAAUAUCAUUAGCACCUAUUCUAAUAUGGUUAAUGAAUCAAAUAUCUUAGCAUCACAUUUAGAACAGAGAAGGGUUACUCCUAUCGGCACACCUUUAGGCCUACUAAGAGUAAGUGUGUCCUACAGAAAGGAUACCCGCUUUUAUGUUAUAGAUGACACUGCAAGCUCUUCAGUUGUUUUUUCAUCUUCAUCAUCUUUUUCACAACAACAUUCAACUUCCAAUAAUAGUGUAUCCCCCAUAGUUUCAUCGUUGAGAAGAAAAUCCAGAUCAAGUAAUAUUGGGCCAAACAGAUCUGCAUCUAUUUCUCCCACUUCAAUAGGAAGUGGAAAUUCAGGGACAUUGGAUAAUAGUGGAAGUAGUAACAGUAUUAAGGGAAGAUCAUCCAGUCAUACCAAGUCUUCGUUGCAGCCAUUUAAGGUGGGGUCUGUUGGCAGUGGUUCCAUUCAAGCCAUUCCAAUAAAAAGAAACCCUUCCAGCUCAUCCGUUAUUGCAACCUUAAGGGCCCAAAGAUCGAGUAAUGGCUCAGGGAAUAAUGGAUCGGUUCCAAAUACCAAUUCUUUGUUAAACCCAGCGAAUAAUAACAAUGGUAGUAGUAACGGAGGCUCCUUCAAUCAUGAACAACUUAAUGUCAAAUAUUCUUCCUCUUUUGAUAAGGUUCGUCGCCAUUCAAGUGUUAGAAGAUCCGAAGAAAGUGCUGAAAGAAGUUUAAAGGCAUUUCGUUCACACAAUGAAACAUUUGAUAAUACGACACCAACAACACUGCACCAAGCGGGUAUUGCUGAUUCCAAUUUUAACGAUGACACCAACGAAUUGCUUGAUUUUAUGAAAUUAUUGGAUGAACCUGGUGGAUUGACUUCUUUAAGCCUUGCUGAUAAUAAUAAUCAUGAUAAUCAUGAUAAUAAUGAUAAUAAUAAUAAUAAUAAUAAUAAUAAUAAUAAUAAUAAUAAUAAUAAUAAUGCUAACAACAAUAAUAAUAAUGCUAACAACAAUAAUAAUAAUGCUAACAAUAAUAAUAAUAAUAAUAAUCAACAUUGGAAUUCCAUUUCCAAUUCUAUAUUAAAGUUUCAAAAUAUGAAAUUUGAAAGUGAGAGUUUGGGGGAAAGUUUAUCAAUGAGUGUUUCUCUAUCUAAUGUGAACAAUGAUAAGAAUAGUACUACUCACAACAUUAGCGAUAUGGGGGAACAUCCCUUUGGGUUUUCACCAGCAUCAAAUCCAAACAGUUUAGGAUAUCAUGAACAGCUUAAGGUUUCUAUGGAUCCAUCGGGACACAACAGUCGUCGUACCAGCACAUCAGGUGAUUAUCCUAUCAAUAAACUAAAAGGUAAAAGAAGAAAUUCCAGUACUGGUAAUUUUGGCUAUACGAGCGAUGGGUGUGCCAGUGGGAGUAGUUCUAAUAACGACAAUCAGCUUGCUAAAAACAAUGUUACCAUGAAAAAUGAUGAUGGACAACAAUUGUUAGUAUCCGACGUUCUAAAAACAUCGUCACCCUCUUAUUCCGUGGCUUUAUUUUCUAAUUCCUUCCCUAAAACACAUUUAACGUCAAUAGAACAAUUUUCUAGUGCAACUACAAUGGCUACCCCCGCACAUGCGAAGGUACAUAGGGCAAAUGCCACAGAUUACACCACUAGUGAUAAAACGCAGGGUAAAGAUGAAGAUGACGAAUUACUUUUUUUUAUGAGUGACAUGAAUAUCAACAAGUAA